UGUGCCACUCAUGUGUGAAAAAGGCAAAAAACACUGGCAAACAUACCGCAAAACAUGCCUAUGGACUGGACCCUCGCGCCCACCAAGAGUCAACCAUAGUCGUUGGCUAAACAAAAAACGCCCCAACGAAAGACACACCCACAUGUUUGUGUUUAGGAAAGAAGGCGGAGCUGAAAGGCUCUCUGAGCUGGAAACUUUAUCCUGGCGACUUGCACUUGCAGUACCAAGGAGGCGGAGGUGUGCGCGAGAUCCUGCAGAUGCUGAAGCGCAGCGAUGGCUUCCAAGUACUGGGCGUCAGUUACUUUGGGAACGAGCACAUCACAACGAAGAUGCACAUCAAAGUCUACAAGCCGCUCUGGCAAGAGCUCUUCGAGCAGAUACGCCAGAAAUGCGACCAUGCCGUGUUCUUCAUGGGCGGGUACUCGAAAAGGUACGGCUACGGGCCGGUCUAUGACGAUAAUAUGGGCACAAUCCGCGAGUGGAUCGCUGAUGCGGGCCUCGCAGUUCGCACCGACUUCGACAAGGUGCGCGACUGGCCCUUGGGCGACGAUUUGCAUUUCGCCGCGUCGGUGAAGGACGAUUUGGUGCGUUACUGGGCGGACCUGCUUUGGAACGCACCUCCCAUCAGAGCGCAUUGCAGCUACGAGCGCUUCGAGCCGUGGCAACCGCCGGCGAGCCCAGCGUGGCGGUGGAGCCGAAGGGCGCCGGCAAAGCCGGCAAAACGCAUGGUAGCAUGGCAACAUGAG